GUACAAUAAAGUCCCGAUAAAAAGUGAUAAGCUAUAAAUCUAUGAUUUGCAUUGAUAAUUAACUUGUGGUAUAAUUAGAGCUACAAUCAUUGACGGGCUUUUUUGAAUGAGUUUUCCUCCAUCUCGAUGUCUUCAUCGUCAUCAUCUCGUGGUCUUUCGAGUCUGAAUCCAUCAGACGCGUCUUGAACAUUCCAAACUGCUAUCUUGGCGUCUUCGGCUACAGAUACUAUCGCAUUAAGCUGAUUAUCGUACGUCACAGCUCUAACUAAUUCAGUAUGACCGCCCUUCAUUAUUCUCUCUAGUUUCAUAGCAUCUGUUUGCAUAUCCCUUAUCAUUGAGAAUUCCCCGCUAGUUUUACCAGCAAAUAAUACUGCUUCAUUAUUAAUUUCUGACAUGUUUAUGAUAUAAUCACUCUCCCAACGAUUUUCAAUCGAUCGCUGUCUAAUAUCACCCAAAUCCAUUUGCAAAGUGAGUUCACUUUCAGAGUCUAAAGUAUAUAUUCCAGCAGUCUGCAUGUCUGUAAAUGCGAAAAUACUGCCAUCAGAGAACUGGCCAGCGUUUGCUAUACUAGCACCGACAUUCACGCAUCCCAAACUAGCGUCAUUGUCAUCUUCAAUCUUGGGAUCAACAUACAUCAACAAUCCAUCUGUACCCGCUGUGAGGAGGUGCUUAUUAGGCAAGAAUUUGAGUGCAGAUAUGUCAUCGGAAUGCAACUCAUCGUAUCUUCUCAUAUGUUGACUAGUGUUCCGUAUAUCCCAGAUAACAACGCUAGCAUCCUCACCCACCAAUUCAGUACCUGCAGCAAGUGCAUGAUUAGAAGUAUCAAGGUCUAAUGCUUGUAUAGGUGCUUUUUUUCCUUUGGUUGAUUUCACAGUGAUACUUGUAGCCUCCUCACCGUUCAUUCUUUGAUCCCAAAUCCAUACAUUACCGUCAAAAUCAGCAGAAGCGACAGCGUUUAAAUCAUGAGAACAUCCAGUCAAUUUAGAAACCCUCGUCUGAUGUGGGAUUACGCUUCGUGGUUUGAAAGUCGUUCUAUCUAAGAGAAGAACAUUUUGUUGAGAAGACACAGCUAAAGAAGUUUCUAAUGGUUGUAUGGCAGUGAGAUAGCUCGUAGAAUGCGGUUUCUGUAUCGACGUUGGUUGUCCGUGUGUUUUUAUAGACGAACUCUCGAUGAGUGUCAUUAUCGUUUCUUUUAGAGAUGCAAUCAAGACCAGCGGAGAUCGUAAAAUCUCAUCAACCGUUAUAUGCUUAUAGUAUACCGAAUGAUCUCUUAGAAAUACUCAAACUGCGCUCGGUUGAUGCACAAGAUGAAGAUAUCGAUGCAGCCACAGAGAAAGUUGAGAUAGAAGGUGAUAAGCAAACUGCAGUUACUACAGAUACACAACAGAGGAAGAAAUACUUCUGUUCUACCACUCAAGCUUCAUUUGAUACAAUCGAGGAAUUACGUAUGCAUUUCCACUCAGAUUGGUAUAGAUAUUGUGUCAAAUUAAAGGCGGACGGCAGAGAUACAGUCAGCGAAGAUGGAUUUGAGGAAAUGUUAGACGAUUUAUCAGAUAGCAACGAUGAGGAAGGUGAAGAAGACAGACUGUCGAAGUUACUUAAUAAACAAACGAAGUUAAACACUCUAUCGAAUAGCAAGAUAGAUGAUGACGAUGCAUUUUAUGCCCAGAAAGCUCUCAACCGUACGCCACUCGUCUGGUUUGAUGUCAAGGACGAUAAUCUUGAUGAUGACACGCCAGGUGCUCAAUUGGGUAUUUAUAGAGCGUUAUUCCCUUCACCAACACCACCAAGUGAUGAAAUUACUAAUUAUUUACAUAAAAUCCAACUAAGCGAGUCUCAAUUGAGUGCUACAGAGUCACCGCGUAGAUGGACAUUGAUAAUGAUUGGUGGUGGUCACUUUGCAGCUUGCGUCGUUUCAAUAGUACCACAAGUUGUUCGUAGAAAUAAGCGUACUGAAGUAGACAUCGGUAUUGUCUUGAAACAGAAGACAUUCCAUAGAUACACAACACGUCGAAAACAAGGUGGUGCUCAAUCUAGCAAUGAUAUGGCAAAGGGAAAGGCCAACUCAGCUGGUGCCAUGAUAAGACGUUACAACGAGCAAGCACUUGCCGAUGAUGUACGCGAGUUACUCAAUGAAUGGAAAGAAGACGUGGAUGCAUCUGAACGCAUAUUCGUUAGGGCGACGAGUAGCGCUAAUCGCCGCAUUCUCUUUGGAUCAUCAAAUAAUGACGAUUGCAUCAUGAAAAAGACUGAUCCUCGUGUACGUGGUUUCCCAUUCCCUACUCGCAGGCCUACACACAAUGAGCUUAUCAGAUGCUUCCAAGAGUUAACGAAAGUAAGGGUAACCUACCAUACACAAAACCAACUGCGUGAACAAGAUGAAGCUUGGCUUGCGAAAGUAGCUCCAAAGCCGAAGCCAGUUUUUCCACAACAACAGAAGACUUUGUCACAGACCGAAACAGCACGUAAAUUAACACCUGAAGAAGAAGAAGAGAUCCGUAUCAAUGACAUAAAAAACAAAGCUAUAGAAAUGACAUCGAAGGACAGAUUAGAAGCUUUGAAAACUCAUCUAGAUAAAAAUCAGACAAUUUUCAGCAACUUAGACCAUUCCAUAGACAAUGACAAUAAUUUAUUACAAGUAGCAUCAUUGAAUAACUCUUACAAUAUCAUCAAUUGGCUUUUAAUUGAUAAAGAAGUAGAUCCAACUGCUCAUGGAGGUAGUCGAACUGCUUAUGAGUUGGCUAAAGGUAAAGAAAGUAGGGAUGCAUUCCGACUAGCUAUGGGUAGGCUUCCUAACAAGUGGAAUUGGAUCGAUGGUGCAAGAGUACCUAGUGCAUUGACACCAGAACAGUUAGCACAAUCAACAACAUCAGCUAAAGACAAGGAAAGAAAGAAAAAUCUCAGAGACAGGAUGAAAGAGAAGAGAAGUGCACGUGAAGAGCAAGAAAGUAAACAAAAGGAAGAAGAGGAAAGCAAAGAGAGAGAACGCGUUAGUAAAUUACCAUCACAUGCGACAACCAAUACACUAGGUGGUGCCUCAAAUACCUUAUCAACCACAGGUCUCAGUCAAGACGUAAAAAUGAAAAUAGAAAGAGAAAGACGUGCACGUGCAGCAGAAGCCCGCAUGGCUAAUCUAGCGAAGAAAUAA